UGCCCUAGCAAAGUAGCCUGCAACAUAGACUUUCCUAACUCUAUGGCCUGCAAGGAGGUUCUAUAGAACCUCUGGAGUGGCAGUCCCGGCCGCGCGCGUGCCGGCCACCUCCAACGGGAGCACGGAGGAAGGAAAGGUUCCUCUGCGCGCGGCACGUUGAAAAGUGAUGGAAUGGAGUUUCGUUGUGCAGCACACAGCUACACAUAAACUGUGCAGUAGCAAGCGAAACUUGUGCACUACUAGUUUGGGUUUAUUGUAUGCUUAGCAUUUUUUGUGUAAGAAUGAGUAGCCUUGCACAGACACAUUUGAGUGUUCCUGUCACGCUCGACGGCCACAACUUUGAUGACGAGGACCCUGUGGUGGCUAUCCUGAAAGAAUGCGUUGAUUUUGUGAACCUUCCGGACACUUCCGGGUACGUCACGACAUUGCAGGCGCACUCGGAAAACGCAAAGGUGAUUUGCGACAUGUGUUGGGAGAUGUUGAACAUUGGUGACUGGAAGAAUGUCCCGCUACAUUGGAGGCAGAUGUACAGCUUUGGAAGCCUACUAAAAGUACUCUGCGAACUUGGGCUGGAGAAAUCGAUGAAGGAUAUUCUGCACUUCUGUGACAUGGGUCUUAUAAUGGGGGCUCCUGUAAUGGACAAUAUACUGGCAAAGCUGGCCAGUAAUGUCCAUAAGGAAUUACCAGAGUUGAUUCCUUCAGCACUUCUUGAGAAGUUUCUGAAGUCUGCCUGAAGAAGCCAACUUCUUGGGCGGCCUGAAAAGUAGACUGCCAGGAGCCUCACUCGGUGACCUUGAAGUUUCGUUUGAGUCGCAUUGAAUGCCCAUCUUUAGAACAAUUUAUGAAUACAUAUUUACUUACAGAGAAGCCUGUGAUUAUAACCAAAGGGAUGGACCACUGGCCUGCAUUGUCGACACGACCAUGGAGGUAUGUACACUGUAGACAGUUUACAAUGCAAUUUG